AUGCAGAACGGCGAUACCAACACGGACCAAAAUGGCUCAGGCAGCUCUGUCCCUCGUGACACGAGCCGUCCUCUUACAGAAGAGGAGCUUGACCGAUACUCUCGUCAAAUGAUCGUCCCGGGAAUGGGCAAGGAAGCCCAACUCCGACUCCUAAACGCCAAAGUCCUCAUCAUCGGCGCCGGCGGUCUCGGCUGCCCCGCCGCGCAAUACAUCGCCGGCGCCGGCAUCGGCACCAUCGGCCUCGUCGACGGCGACAUCGUCGAGCGCUCCAACCUGCACCGCCAAGUCGGCCAUGCCACCUCACGUAUCGGACAGCCCAAAGUGCUCUCCCUCAUCACCCACCUGAAGGGUCUCAACCCUUUGCCUAAUUACGUCGCCCACACAUGCCACAUCAGCCCACUCAACGCCGCCAACCUGAUCGCGCAAUACGACCUCAUCCUCGACUGCACCGACAACCCGGCCACGCGCUAUCUGAUUUCCGACGUUUGCGUGCUCCUUGAAAAACCCCUUGUUUCGGCGGCCUCCGUGCAGACCUCCGGGCAGAUAAUCGUGCUCAACUGCCCUCCCACCCCGCAAGGUCUACUAGAGGGCGGGCCAUACCCUCCUUGCUACAGAUGCUGCUUCAAGAAACCGCCGCCGGCUAAUGCCCAGCUGUCGUGCGGCGAGGCCGGGAUUUUGGGUCCGGUGGUGGGACUAAUGGGCGUCGCGCAGGCGGGGGAGGCCAUCAAGAUUCUGGCUUCUGGGUUGCAUGUUCCUUCAACAACACCACCAAAGGCGCCGGUGGAACCGACGUUGUUGCUCUAUUCGUACUCACUUACUUCGUUUUUGUCACCGUUCACGUUUCGCGCGCUGAAGAUGGCGCCGAGGAAGAAGAGCUGCUUUGCUUGUGGCGAGGGAAGCAAAGGAAGACUAACGCUGGAGGGGGUGAAGAGGGGAGAACCGAACUAUGAAUUUUUUUGUGGGUUGAGUUCGGGGCCAAAGCAGCAUGUCCUGUCGGAAGAGGAUAGGAUCACGCCCAAGGAGUUUGUGGAGAGGGUACAACAGGGUAAGGACGGUAAUAGUGGAAAAGGGAAGUAUGUGGUGCUGGAUACGAGGGAGAAGGAACAUUUCAGCUUUGGAAGCAUCGCGGGCGCGGUUAAUGUGCCGUUCGGGAAGCUGUUGAGUAAAGCUGCGCAGAUUAAGCGGGGCGGGGAGACGCCACAGGUAGGGGAUAUUUUGCCGCCAGAGGUUAAGAUCGAGGAGGGAAAAGAGGAUGUUCCAAUAUAUGUGGUCUGUAGAAGGGGGUUGGACUCGCAGGAGGCGGUUGAGAAGUUGAAGGAGAUGGGGCUUGAUAAUGGAGGGAAGAGGAAGAUUGUGGAUAUUGCUGGGGGAAUGAAGGCUUGGAAGGAACAGGUUGAUCCAAGUUUCCCGUAUCUAUAG